AUGAUUACACCAAUUACAAGAAAUGACCUUAUGAUAGUGAAUAUGGGGCCUCACCACCCAUCAAUGCAUGGUGUUCUUCGACUGAUCGUUACUCUCGAUGGUGAAGAUGUUAUUGACUGUGAACCUAUAUUAGGUUAUUUACAUAGAGGAAUGGAGAAAAUUGCGGAAAAUCGAACAAUUAUACAAUAUUUGCCUUAUGUAACACGUUGGGAUUAUUUAGCUACCAUGUUUACAGAAGCAAUAACUGUAAAUGGACCUGAACAGCUAGGCAAUAUUCAAGUACCUAAAAGGGCUAGCUAUAUUAGAGCUAUUAUGCUGGAGUUGAGUCGUAUCGCUUCCCAUUUGUUAUGGCUUGGCCCUUUUAUGGCAGAUAUUGGGGCACAGACCCCCUUUUUCUAUAUUUUUCGAGAACGAGAAUUGAUAUAUGACCUAUUCGAGGCUGCUACCGGUAUGCGCAUGAUGCAUAAUUAUUUUCGUAUCGGAGGGGUCGCUGCUGAUCUACCUUAUGGAUGGGUAGAUAAAUGUUUGGAUUUUUGCGAUUAUUUUUUAACUGGGGUUGCUGAAUAUCAAAAGCUUAUUACCCGAAAUCCUAUUUUUUUAGAACGAGUGGAAGGCGUAGGUAUUAUUGGCGGAGAAGAAGCACUAAAUUGGGGUUUAUCGGGGCCAAUGCUACGAGCUUCCGGAAUACAAUGGGAUCUUCGUAAAGUUGAUCGUUAUGAGUGUUAUGACGAAUUUGAUUGGGAGAUUCAAUGGCAAAAAGAAGGGGAUUCAUUAGCUCGUUAUUUAGUACGAAUUAGUGAAAUGACAGAAUCCAUAAAAAUAAUCCAACAAGCCUUGGAAGGAAUUCCAGGGGGGCCGUAUGAGAAUUUAGAAAGCCGGCGCUUUGAUAGAAUAAAAGACCCUGAAUGGAAUGAUUUUGAAUAUCGAUUUAUUAGUAAAAAGCCUUCUCCCACUUUUGAAUUGUCCAAGCAAGAACUUUAUGUAAGAGUCGAAGCACCAAAAGGAGAAUUGGGAAUUUUUCUGAUCGGAGAUCAGAGUGUUUUUCCUUGGCGAUGGAAAAUCCGACCGCCGGGGUUUAUCAACUUGCAAAUUCUUCCGCAGUUAGUUAAAAGAAUGAAAUUGGCUGAUAUUAUGACGAUACUAGGUAGUAUAGAUAUCAUUAUGGGAGAAGUUGAUCGUUGA